AUGGUCCACGCUGAAAACACAACUGAAAACACUCUUGCUACCACCAACAAUGUCACAUCUACUGAUGUUGAGGAUUUGAAACGCACUCGCUCCGGUUCAUUCAGCCUGCCUAAAGCCAAGGUACUCCGUCCAUUCAACACAAGCGAAGUCAAGAUUUUGUUAUUGGAGAAUGUCAAUGAAACUGCUGUCAGUGCUUUCACCAAGCAAGGUUAUCAGGUUGAAACCUACUCCAAAGCUUUGGUCGGCGAUGAGUUAAUCGAAAAGAUUCGUGAUGUUCAUGUCAUUGGUAUUCGCUCAAAGACUAAGCUUACCAAGCAAGUCUUGGAGCAUGCAAAGAACUUGCUGGCUAUCGGUUGUUUCUGUAUUGGUACAAAUCAAGUUGAUCUCCAAGCUGCUGCUAAACAAGGUGUUGCCGUGUUCAACUCGCCUUUCAGCAACUCCCGUUCCGUUGCCGAACUUGUUAUUGGUGAAAUUAUCAUGCUUGCUCGUCAGUUGGGCGAUCGUAAUAUGGAGAUGCAUCAAGGUAUCUGGAACAAGGUCUCCAAGGCAUGCUAUGAAAUCCGUGGCAAGGUCUUGGGUAUCGUUGGCUAUGGCCACAUUGGUGCGCAAUUGUCUGUCCUGGCUGAAGCUAUGGGUAUGACAGUCUACUUUUAUGAUGUGCUCCAAAUCAUGCCUCUUGGUCAAGCCAAGCCUUUGGAAAGUCUUGAUGAACUUUUGGCGAUUGCUGACUAUGUUAGUUUGCAUGUUCCUGAAACCGAAGAUACCAAGAACAUGAUUGGUGAGCAUGAGCUCAAGCAAAUGAAGGAGGGUGCUUACUUGCUGAACAAUGCUCGUGGCACUGUUGUUCAGAUCCCUGCUCUUACAAAGGCUCUUCAAUCCGGCCGUCUUGCUGGCGCUUGCGUCGAUGUUUUCCCCAAGGAGCCUGCCUCCAAUGGCCCUCAUUUUGAUUACUACCCUGAAUUAUUAGCAUGCAAGAACCUGAUAUUGACUCCUCACAUUGGUGGAUCAACUGAAGAAGCUCAGCGCAUGAUUGGUAUUGAAGUCUCUCAAUCUCUUACAAAAUACAUCAACGACGGCACCUCACUGAAUGCAGUCAACUUCCCAGAAGUCGACUUGCGUGCUAUCCGUGAAGACGACAAGAAUACGGUUCGUGUGCUUUACAUCCAUCAAAACAUCCCCGGUGUACUCAGGGAAAUUAACGAAAUUUUUGCUGACCACAAUGUCGAGAAGCAAUACUCUGAUUCUAAGGGUGAUAUUGCUUACGUGAUGGCUGAUAUUGCUGAUGUUACCGACCUCAAGAGUCUAUACAGUGCAAUUAUCCAGACCCGUGCCAACAUCCAAACUCGUAUUCUUUACUAG